GGCCUCUCUGCGGGUGGCGAUGGAGGACGAACGGAAGCCUCGAGCCGCCUCGUGGCCGCCGCUGCGCGCUGUCAUCGUUUUUCUCCUCAUUCUCCCCCCGUGCCUCUUCCUCUGCGGGCAGGGCGAAUAGUUCGGCCCUGCCAACAUGGCCGCCACCAUGAAGAAAGCGGCUGCGGAAGAUGUCAACGUUACUUUUGAAGAUCAGCAGAAAAUUAACAAGUUUGCAAGAAACACCAGCAGGAUCACAGAGCUGAAAGAAGAAAUAGAAGUGAAAAAGAAACAACUUCAGAAUUUGGAAGAUGCCUGUGAUGACAUCAUGAUGCUUGAUGAUGAUUCGCUUCUGAUACCCUACCAAAUUGGAGAUGUCUUCAUUAGUCAUUCCCAAGAAGAGACGCAAGAGAUGCUAGAGGAGGCAAAGAAAAGCUUACAAGAAGAAAUUGAAACAUUAGAAUCCCGAGUGGAAUCCAUUCAGAGAGUGUUAUGUGACCUGAAAGUUCAGCUCUAUGCAAAGUUUGGAAAUAACAUAAAUCUUGAGGCUGAGGACAGUUAAAAGUUCUCCGAAGACGCCACACGCCUUCUCCUUGUUUUAUUAAUUGUUUUGAUAGUUAUUCUCUUACAAUAAUAUUUUUAAAAAUUUGACCUGUAUUUUUUUUUCUUUUUUUUACAUUCCUGUCUUGGGUUCCAUCUAUUUAAUGAGGGCUUUCAUAUUUUGGUUUUUGCAGUUAUUUAUUUGUUCAGGAAAGCAGUAGCUUCAUACUGUUGGUAAAGCACCAAGAUUGGAAUGUUUGCAUCAUCUGUUAAAGUAAUAAAGUCAGGCAUAUAUUGUA